AUGCCGUCAUCAAGGCCUCUACUGCGGUCAUUAGAGGUCCUACCCUCGCAACUAAACAGUUCUCGCUAUGUCUGCACGAAUUGUCGCUGGCAAUCGUUCCCACGAGCCCGAAAUCUGAUCUCCACGCCCUCUCGUCGAUACAACUCGUCCGGCAACCUUCCAUUUACCGAAAAAGUACGACGAAAGCUAUGGGGCACAGAUAAUCCUCCAGGUUUAAAGGACCCUUAUGGAGGAGAAAGCAUACUUGAGAGAAGAGCUCGUGAGCUCCGGGAAGCUAGGGAAGCCAGGGCAGACGAAUCGCAAGAAGUCCCAGCAGAAUUUAUCGAGGCCAUGCCAGAGGAAACGAAUGCCGAAGCCAUGGCAGAUUACACUCCCGCAAUUAACUGGGAUGGACUAGAGCAUGUCGGAUCAUUGGGUGAAUGGUGGGAGGAACCACCAACUGAGAUGGAUAGAUUUGAUGCAUUCAUGCGAAGGGAAAAGGUUACGAACAAUAAUGAUAUACUGGCUAUCUUACAUCAGGCCCUGGUUGAAUUGAGUGUCUUGAAGGAGCUUAACAAGCCUUUGGGAGCUUCUUGCGACAUCCUCGAACAUCAGCCCCAGAUUUUGUCUUUGAUCAAUAAAGUUGAGAUACUCCCCUCGAAAGGAGAAUGCGGAGCUGCAUUGGCAUUCCCAAGUGAAGAUGCGAAAGCCAAGUUGUAUGAAUUCUUCCGUGAAUUCGACUCCAUUACGGCUGAGGAACCAGCUGCUUCUGAAGAGCUUCCUUCUACGGAACCCGAGAUGGAUGCCCACUCCGAAGUAGUAUCUGAAACCUCAUCAUUCGAACUUAGCCCUCCAGCUAGCACGGAGUUCCUGAAUAUUUCUCUCAUGUCCCCAGACAUGAAGUUUGCGAGUUAG